CUGAUCUCAUGCGUGCUUGUCUUGUUUCACGUUCCUGGUGCCGAUUUGUGAGUGGCAAUCCGUUCAUGAGAGACAUAGUUCGAGAGAUGGUAGAUGUAGCUAACACUAGAGUCACUUUCAGCAACGAGCACCCUGAUUAUGCAUUGCUAAUCAGAGCACUGAAGUAUGCUCCUAGGAUUAACUGCCUCUCUGAAGCAGUAAAGGCAUCGUCUCAUCAUCAUGUUGAUGUAUAUGACAACAUCUCUAACACCGUCCAUGACUAUAUGCUGGCGGGUCCUUGGAUGAGCAGAGGACGAAGUGAUCCAUCGGAGGGAACAGAAUGGCUCAUGUAUAAGCUGACUGAGUUGUCUCUCGUUGGUAGCAUCAAGAUAUACCUAGAACCAACUUAUCCUAGCCUACCGGUCUCUCCAGUCUAUGGAGCACGUUCUGUUCGCUUCAUCUUUGGCGAUAUGAACGAAGAAGGUGUUUUCACUACGACUUUUGCCACACCUUUCUUUCCGAUGACUCAGAAUAGGUGCCAGAAAUUUAGUUUCAGGAAACCUCUUAUCUGCAUCCGCAAGUUUCUGGUGGUUGAGUUUCAUGAACCGGUUAUAUCAUCUGAUGGUCUAUACCAUAUGGGGGUCUCGUAUAUCCAUGUCAAGGGAAGAGAUCUUGGAAGCUCAUUUAGACUUUCUCCGACAAGGGACUUGGCGCUGCAAGCUAUCACUUACUUGGACCCAAAGGUCAAGAGUGAGCUUGAUAUACUUGAUGCUCGUCUUCGUGUGGGUGAUGAUGUUCAAACUCCAAAGCUAGUGGCAUUCUUGAAGGACGAGAACAAUGUGUGAGCGGUGUGGAUUGUUUCAGGAGAGUCAUGUCAAGAUUUUGUAUUUACUAUCUUUGUCUCGUAUGUUUGUUUCAAAUGAUGUAUAGUUUCUCAAUUGUAAACUUCGAUGCAUGUAAGCAUGUUCACCAAAAUGUUGUUUCAAAAUAUUAUGUUUACUAGUCAGUUAC